AUGAAGUUUCCCUGUGCGCGUCACUUGGCGAACCAUCUCUAUGUCCAGGAGCUCGCCCUUGCGGCGGCGCUCACAUCGACCGAUGGCGACCCCUCCCUCGCCCUGUCGGGGGCCCGGGGCGGCGACGCCCUCUUUAGGGCGGCCCGCCGCGUCGCCACCCUAUCCUGGGCUGUUGAGGAGCUUCUGAGUUAUGGCCCCCAUCGGCUCCGCCUGGACCCUCCCGCACAGGUCCUCCUCCUCCGUCGGCUGCAUGCGAUGGGAGAGGGGGAGCAAAGACCCCUCGCGGCGCCAGCCUACCAUGUGGCUCUCUAUGGCCCCUACGCCCCACUCCCCAGCCUGCCGAACUACCUACACGACGAUGUGAGCUAUGAUGAGGCCUGUCACCAUGCGGCCCUUAUACAGAGGUUACUCGAGCCGUACGGGUUAGUGGUCCAGCUGAAUGGCGCGACGCGGCGAGGGGCACCUAUCGGCAGAGUUGCAGAGUUCAGCCUCUCCUUGACGGAGGCUGCUGCUCGUGAAAUCGAGUUGCAGCAAAUUGAUACGCAGGAAGAUGAGGAACAUACAUCCACUCAGAUGAGCCCCCGGAGUAAUGAUGGUGAGGAGCGAGUUAAACACAACUCCUUCAUCCUUCCCUCUGAGCCUUCUCCGAGGAUAGCGCCAGUUGGGGGUAAUAGCGGCGAUAGCCCCCUUUUGGAUCAUGCCGCCCAAGAGCUGCUCCGUCAGCUUCCAUUUCUGUGGUGCUCGAGUAGCGAGGCUGCAUCUUCCACGGAUGUGGUGCCUUCCAGGGUAAAAUUUCGCUACACUCGCGCUAUUCAGGAGCUGUUCCGCAGCGGCUACGUUGCCGCCGGUCGCAUGCCGACGGAGCAGCACUGGCAUGAGAAGCGCCGCUGCACGAAGAUCUUCUCAGUGCGCUUCGAUCCAUUUCACCCGACGGAGAUUCCCCCCCUUCAUGUUCGGGAUCCAGCGAUGCGUGAGCGUAUGAAGCUUCACCAAGUAGAGCUUGACAUCAUGCCAUGGGAUGCGAUGCAUGUUCGGAGGUUCUUUCGAACUGGUCCUGCGGCGUUUACCACUCAUGUCACGCUUAGUGCCCUGAAAAGGGGCCUGGAGUUGAACCUGAAUGGUCUCUUCCUAUACUACUCUCCCCGGGAAAGCGAGAGAGAGAGCAAUCAGCACGAUCCUAAGGAUUUCGAUACUAGUCCUACGUUGAACAGCAUUUCCAGCAUGAAUAGAAAACGACUAUUAAUUCAGAGCGAAAGAGACAUUUUUCAGUUAGUGGGUUUGCCUUACAUAGACCCAUUUACAAGAGCCAUAUAUUGCCAGAAGAACGAUAUAAUGCUUACAGAUGACAACUGA